AUGAAAAAAGGUGAAACAAAAUUUUCUUUUCCAAAACAAUCACCAAAAUAUUCUAUCAAAGGAUUAACCAAUAAAGAAAUUGAAGUUUAUGGAGGAUUAGAUCAUGACUAUGAAUGUAUUACAAUAAAACCAAAAAAAGGUUAUGUUGUUCUGUUCACACAUAAUCUUUUACAUAAAGCUAUAGCACCAGAAAUAGAUAAUUCUAAUGAUGUCAAAGAAUGUGUCGUAUUAAGAACCGAUGUAAUUGUUAAACGAAAAGAAAACCCAUUAAGAUUUGCAAUAACACCCGAAGAACAAGAUGAUUAUCAUGCAUGUUUUAAUUGUUUUCGUGAAGCAGAACAACUCGAAUUAAAAAUCCAUAGUGAUUAUAGUCAAUCAGUAAACAAAAUCUAUGUCGAAGAAUUAUAUGAACGUUCUUUUUCUAUUCAAUAUCGUUAUCCACAUAUAUUUCAAUUAAAGUCAGAAGAAUCGAUUAUAAAUCAAGAUGAACAAAAACAAUUGAUUAAACAAUUACCAACUGAAAUGUGGCUUUCUACAUCUAAACAUUUAAAUAAACAAGAUAUUCAACAUUUAGUAUUUGCUUUUCCUAAUUUUUAA